AUGGCCGCCGCCAUCAGCCUCGACGUCGCCCACGAGAUCAAGGUCGACCACAACAACGUCCGCGACCUCUUCCAGCGGUACACGGCCGCCUCCGACCCCGCCGACAAGACCGCGAUCGCAAACACGCUCAUCCGCGAGAUGGCGAUCCACGGCGACGCCGAGGAGGUCUCCGUCUACAACGAGUACAGCGCGCUCAGCCUCGGCUCCACCGCCGUGCACAACAAGGAGGAGCACGCGGAGAUCAAGCGCCUCGUGUACGACGCGGACGCGGCGCGCGUGGACAGCCCCGGGUACGAUGGGGUGCUCGAGAAGGCGGUUACGGCGUUCCUUACGCACGCGAAGCAGGAGGAGGACGAGCAGCUGCCGCUCAUCGUCUCGAAGCUUACCCCAGAGGAGAAUGAUAAACUUGCCCGCGCUUUCCUGAAGGCGAGGACGUCGGUUCCAACUCGUCCGCACCCCUGGGCUCCCCAGACCGGCGGGCUCGCCCAGAAGGCAGUUGGCCUACAGGGCGCCCUCCAUGACAAAGUUGUCGAGACUCUCGAAGGUCGCAAGUUCGUCGACCUGCAAUACCAACACCCUGCCGAAUUUUAA